CACCGGCGUGUUACUUCGCUGACGUAGAAGACUUUCUCCUCCAAUCGUCGUUGAGAACUUUCACAUGCUGCUUUUCUAUUGGCUCGGAGUGGAAAAAGAGGCGGGGUUUCUGCAGACUGGAGAAACCAUCGUCGAAGUGGUUGGAUAUUUUCGCGGCCUGUCGGACUGUUUCAUGCUGGGAACAAGGAAACGUAACGUUACAAAGUAUUUAUUUCUCCUUGAACGAAUCUUUACACUAACAAGAAGCCACUGCAGAGUCGUAGUCACGUGAAAACGUCCUUCAAAGUCGGUGAAGUUACUUAUGAUACGACUAACGUGAGCUGCUUGUCUUCAACGUGAAGCUAGGUAGCUACUGUUACCUCAUAAAACAGUGCUGAAGAUGCUAAUGUCCGCUAGCUCGCUGUUAGCAAACAUUAAACAGUGGUAACACUUAGUGCAUAACAGCACACGGUCUCCGCUGAAGAGGAUUUGGCCUCACCUCAAAGACGUUUAGCUAGACCAACAACUGACUUCUGUGUUACAACAUUACCAUCAUUGUAUUCAUAGCCACCUCAGUGCCUCCAGGCGCUAUGUAACAUGUUGUUGAUGUCAAACAGGCCUCCAAGGAAAUUAAGAUUUUAACCAGCGAUGAAAGCUUUGGACUAAAGCUCGGUCGGUCAGAAAAUAAUACAAACUAGAGACCAGGAAGGAAGCGGGAAAUUGUUGUGAGUGGCUAUGGCCUACUCCAGCUACAGCAACCUAAGCAGGGCUCAGCUCACCUUUGAGUAUCUGCACACAAACUCGACAACCCAUGAGUUCUUAUUUGGAGCCUUGGCAGAACUUGUGGACAAUUCCAGAGAUGCCAAUGCUACACGGAUAGACAUCUACACAGAGAAAAGGCCAGAGCUGCGGGGUGGCUACAUGCUCUGUUUUCUUGAUGAUGGUAUAGGAAUGGACCCCAAUGAAGCAACGCAUGUCAUUCAGUUUGGAAAGUCAAACAAGAGGUCCCCUGGGUCCACUCAGAUUGGUCAAUAUGGAAAUGGACUAAAAUCGGGCUCUAUGCGUAUCGGGAAAGACUUCAUCUUGUUCACAAAAAAGGGCAGUGCACUGACUUGCCUUUUCAUGUCAAGGACUUUCCAUGAAGAGGAGGGAUUGGAUGAGGUGAUUGUUCCUCUGCCCUCCUGGGACCUGAAGACCAAGGAGCCACUGACCUCUGACCCAGAGAAAUAUGCCAUCGAGACAGAGCUGAUCUUCAAAUACUCACCCUUUAAAAAUGAACGGCAGUUGAUGGAGCAGUUCAACAAAAUAGAAAGUAGCAGUGGUACUCUUGUGAUUGUCUAUAAUCUGAAGCUGAUGGACAACAGAGAACCAGAGCUGGAUGUGGAGACAGAUCACCAGGAUGUACUGAUGGCUGGGACGCCUGUUGAAGGAGUGAAACCAGAGAGGAGGUCAUUCAGGGCAUAUGCUGCUGUUUUGUACAUUGACCCCCGCAUGAGGAUUUUCAUCCAAGGACAUAAAGUCAGGACCAAGAGACUGUCCUGUUGUCUUUAUAAACCAAGGGUUUAUAAAUACUCAUCAACUCGUUUCAAAACACGUGCUGAACAAGAAGUGAAGAAAGCAGAUCACCUUGCUAAGAUCGCCGAAGAGAAAGCCCGAGAGGCAGAGAGCAAACGCUUGGCUUUGGAGGCCAGAUUAGGAGGGGACCUGUCAAAAGAUUCACGAGCAAUUCUGAGAAAGGUUCAGGAUUCAGCCAUGAUGCUUCGACAGGACGCUGAAAUGAAGAAAAGGAUCCUGGAAGCCAAACAGAAAGCAUUAAAGGAGCCCAAGGAGCUGAAUUUUAUAUUUGGAGUGAACAUUGAACAGAGGGACCUGGAUGGGAUGUUUGUAUACAACUGCUCUCGUCUCAUCAAGAUGUAUGAGAAGACAGGACCCCAGCUGGAGGGAGGCAUGGCCUGUGGAGGUGUAGUUGGAGUAGUGGAUGUCCCAUAUUUAGUUCUAGAACCUACUCACAACAAACAAGACUUUGCAGAUGCUAAGGAGUAUCGACACUUACUGAAAUCCAUGGGGGAACAUCUAGCUCAGUACUGGAAGGACACUAACAUUGCUCAGAAAGGCAUUGUGAAGUUCUGGGAUGAGUUUGGGUAUCUGUCUGCCAGCUGGUCUGCACCUCCAUCAUCAGAGUCGAGAUACAAGAGACGUCGCGCUAUGGAGAUACCACUUACCAUUCAGUGUGAUAAAUGUUUAAAGUGGAGGACAUUGCCAUUCCAGAUGGAUGCUGUGGACAAACGCUACCCAGACAGCUGGGUGUGUCUUAUGAACCCUGACAGCUCCCAGGACAGGUGUGACGCUCCUGAACAGAGACAGAAUUUGCCAUGUGGUAUCCUGAAGAAAGACAAGCAGACAGCUGAAGACAAACAAAAAGAGCUGGCAGAGAAAAUCAAACAGCAGCAGGAUAAACUAGAGGCCUUGCAGAAAACCACAACCAUCAAAUCUGCAGCAGAUCUGAAGAAGCUACCACUGGAAGUCACCAUGAAACCAACAGAGAGCUCCUCUCAGACAACUCGGUCUUCAGAGAGGUCCGUAACACGCCCACGCUCCCCACCUCUCCCAGCUCACCUCAAAAAUGCCCCGAGUGCCCCCCCAUCUCGUGCCACUUCUCAGCGCCCCUCCCGGACGCUCACCCCUGCUCCUACACCACCCAAAGUCGAGCCAUCCAGGUCCAGAGCUGCAGCAAAGCCUCCUCAACCUGCAGCAAAGUCUGUAUCCAAAGCUAUUUCCAAAACACCCCCACCCAGCCGUGGCUCACGGACACCUGCCAAAGCAUCAUCUGCCAAACCAGCACCUGCUGGACAACGCAAGAGAAUAAUCGAACAGGAGGAUAGUGAGGAAGAGGAGGAGGAGGAAGAAGAAGAAGAGGAAGAGGAGGAGGAGGAGGAGGAGAGCGAAGAGGAAGAACCACAGACAAAAAAAUCUAAGACUGCUGCAGCUGGUAACCGUGGAAAAGUGAUAGAGAAGACCCCACCUUCCAAACGUGGCAAGUUGGACGAGGUGAACAAACACUCCCAGCCUGAGAAGAAAGGAGUUACUAGUCCUACACGGCAGACGCCAACCUCUGCCCCUAAAUCCAUUUCUACGCAACAGCAUGGGGCUAAAGCUAAGGCACCUGAGAAGGCUCCACAGCAGGAGCCAGAAAAUGAUACUAAAAAUGCUCAGAAAGAUAAGGGCGUGUUGGUAGAAGUACGUGUCAAUAAGGAGUGGUACACAGGCAAAGUCAUUGCUGUGGAGACAAACAAACAGAGUGUUCGCUGGAAAGUAAAGUUUGACUACGUACCUAGAUCCACCCCUAAAGACCGAUGGGUGUUUAAGGGUAGUGAUGACGUCCGGUUGAUGCGUCCACCAUCUCCAAUCUCUCAGACACCUGACACCCAGCAGGAAACCGAGAAGGGGCCUGCACCCAUGGAGCCAGACACCACUCAACCAGGAACCAGUCGAGAGGUGACAGACAGUCUGGUCACCAUGUUGAGGACUAUGCUGCGUUACUUCUUUCCUCCUGCUUUUCGGAUUCCAAAGGAUGAUGUUAACAGCAUGACAGCUGAGGAGCUGGUGGCCUUUCCUUUGAAAGAGUAUUUCCAGCAGUAUGAAUCAGGUCUGCAGUCGUUGUGUAACUCAUAUCAGAGCCGAGCAGACGCCAGGGCCAAAGCUGUGGAAGAGAAGAGCAACAGCAACGAGGUCAAACUGAGGGAGGCAGACGAGAAGCUGCAGAAACUACGAACAAACAUUGUAGCACUUCUGCAGAAAGUACAAGAGGACAUUGACAUAAACACAGAUGACGAGCUUGAUGCCUACAUAGAGGACCUUCUCACCAAAGGAGAUUAAAGAGGACUCAAAAGAGAAGUCUAAAAGAGGGAGGAGGACAUGCACAUACACAGACUGGCGGCAGUUUUCAUUCCAGCCAUGACAUGCAGAUGACUCCCCAAGGACUCUUGUUAAGAGUUUGAUGUGAAUAUUUGGGGAUAUUUUCAUUGUUGUUCCUUCCACCUGUUAAAUCAGAUUGUUAUAAGUUAGAUUUAUUAUUUUGUGCAUUCCGGCAUUUAGUCAGCACCAGCAUGCUCUUUAAUUUUAGUGUUUCUACAUUAUUGAGUAGCCGUCUGGCCUGUGGUUUUCUUUUUAGACCUUUCAUAUACCUGCUUAUAUGUAUUUAUCUAUGUUAAAGCCAUCCUAUCCUAAUUGACCUUUCAAAUAAUUUGCGCUGGUUUAUGAUAGUUUCUGCUCCCUUUAAAAAGUCAUUUAUUGUGGUGACAAACUGCAGGCUAUAUUUGUUCCUCAUUUUGCUCCAUCAUCAGGUGAGAAUGAGGCUCAGUGACUGAAAACUUUGGCUCAUUAACAUUAACUUUUAUUUUUGUACACUAAAAACACAUCAGUGUUGCCAAUUUACCUUACUCCACCCUGGUCUGCCUAUGCACACCAGGAAAAUCUUUUACGGUUGGGUGGUGUGCCGCACCCACAAACAAGAACUUUUACUGGGUUUUAUCAGUAUGAUUACUCUGUUAAGUCCCAACUGCAUUUAACCAAUGACUGUUCUGUGUUUAUUUUUUGAAGAAAAAAAAUCUCAGUUUAAUGCAAAAGCUGUGUUCUAAUAAUUAUUUGGUGCUUGUGUCCUUCUUUAUGAACAGAUUUUUAACAUGUCAUGGAAGUGUUUUAUUAAACGGUGCAUGCUGUCAGUCUUUUGUCCUGAUUGAAACAAAGGAGUCUGUAUUUUUGAAAAAUCUUUACUUAGAACAAUAAAACUCGUUCGGCAACACUUUCAA